AGCCAAUGCUUGUUCUUAAUAGUAUAAAGCAAAGAGGAUUAAAUGCCUUAGCUUCGCUGAGGACCUACAGUUUAUCUCAACCAACUAACUCCAUGAUCACGGUUGCAGUAGCCUCUUCAGUUGUUAAUGAUACUAUGUCCAUUAAUCCAGUUGAAAAGGUAACUCACAAUCAACCUUCAGUCGCUAUUUCAAAAAGUCAUGACAAAGAGAUUUUACUGUCUAAUGUUAAGGAUGAUGAUAUGGUUGUAAGACUUAAUUCACUUUUCAGAGAAUGUCCUCAGAAAGGUCAUCUGAAUCAGCUCAUGAUAUUGUAUCACACUGAAUAUGACAUGUCUGUGUGGAGCUAUGAUUCUCAUUCAGAACGUGAGGAAAUGGUGAAACAUUUUACUCAGCUCUCACUAUCAGUAACUGAUAAAAUCAAGAAAGCAGGUUACUGGUGUGACUUUGUUGACCCUACAAGUGGAAUGCCUUAUCAUGGCUCCUAUUCCAAUGAAACUUUGACUGAGUGUGAUGAAGAUUUUCAUAGGUUAAAUGACUAUCUCUCAUUGGAAGACAUAGGAUGCUGUCGUGCUCUAAAACACUGCAAUUGGGACUUCAACAUCUUUGCUGGAUUAUUGGUAACUGAUGCACCAACAGAGAUUCUGAUGGAUGCAUACAAGUCAACAAAUCAUGCUUAAGCUUCAAUUGAGACAUAUCAAUAUUACUCCUAUUAGGAUCAGUUGAGAAUUAGAAAAUGAACCCUUCUCUCUUAAUAUUUCCCAUAUAAAUCCUUAGGUAAAUAAAAAUAACUCAUUUUAUAUGCACGUUUAGGCAGUUGCUCUUGUGACCAGAGUUUUGGAGUUAUAUAUAUAUAUUGGUAUAAAUAUUUAAGUGUGUGUUUGUAUUUUGUAUAUAAUAAAGGUGUUUUAUGCAUUGUGCUAGAUCGUUUUAUAGUUGGUGUUGUUUGAAUUUUGUGACAAAAGUGAGGGCACAUAUCAUGACACAAUAUUGCAUUAAAUGUUAAAAAUUAUCAAAAAAUACUUAAAGAUGAGGUCAUUCAACGUGUUUCCUAGUUUUGUCUGGAGUUUAGUCUACAUUAGAUCAUUUGAUUUCCCUUACAACAGCAACUUAAUGUAAGUUUUAAUUAAUGUUUGCCUUAAUUUAUUGACUUUUACAUUGCAUCUUCUUGUUUGUAUAUUAAAAUUGCAAAUAUAACACCUGUGAUUCCAAGGUCAUAGAACAUUAUCAUGGUAUAGAUACAAUGAAUAUUGCAAAAUCUCCCUGGUAUCGAAUGAUGUUAUGAAGUGUUAAAUGUGAUCUGAAACUGUUAUUUAUAUUUAAUGGUUUUAGCAUGAUUAUUAGCAGCUGCUAAUUUUGAUUUAUGCAAGAUGAUUUUGAAAUUCACUGACUAUCCUACAUGUACAGGUAGUAGAAUGGAGGGCUACCACAUUUUGGAAUGCAUUGGAGAGGGAUCCUUUGGACGUGUAUUCAAAGGAAGAAGAAAAUACACUCUGGACAUUGUGGCCAUGAAGUUCAUCUCAAAGGUUGGAAGAUCAGAAAAGGAACUCAUGAACUUACGCAGGGAAAUCGAUAUUAUGAGAGGAUUGAAACAUGACAAUAUCAUCACACUGCUGGAUUCAUUUGAUACUGAAAAUGAGGUCUGUGUUGUCACUGACUUUGCUGAUGGAGAAUUGUUUCACAUUUUGGAAGACGAUCAAAAGUUGCCCGAGGAUGUUGUGCACCACAUUGCGCAUCAACUUGUGUCUGCUCUAUGGUACUUACACUCAAAUAGGAUCCUUCACAGAGACAUGAAACCCCAGAAUAUCCUCCUCUGUAAUGGUGGUCUUGUCAAAUUGUGUGACUUUGGUUUCGCCAGGGCAAUGAGUGUCGACACUUUCAUGGUAACAUCUAUAAAAGGUACACCUCUUUACAUGUCACCUGAGCUUGUUCAAGAACAGCCUUAUGAUCACAAUGCUGAUUUAUGGGCUCUGGGUUGUAUUCUUUUUGAACUUUUUGCUGGCGAACCUCCCUUUUAUACCACCAACUUAUUCCAGCUGGUUAAUCUCAUCACUAAAAAUCCUGUCAAGUGGCCCACAGGAAUGUCACCUGACUUCCAAGACUUCCUUUGUGGCUUACUUGACAAAGAUCCAAGCACCAGAUUGACAUGGCCUGAUCUUCUCAAUCACCCAUUUGUGAGUGACCAUCUUAUCAGAGAGGAGAACAUUGUAUGGCCCCCUGUUUCCCCACCUAUCCAGGAAGAUAUUGAUCAAGGAGCCACACUCACAUCCAGUAACCUCACCAAAACUCAGAAGUUACAAGCCUCAGAUUUAGCCUUGGCAAAUCUAAAAGAUUCUUUGAAUCUUAUUAGCAACAAGAUCUCUGCUGAGUCUGAGAAAGCAGAGUUGUUAAAAUCCCAGAAAACCAUCACAAAAACACCAACAAAACCUAAAAAAGAUGUUUUUGCCAGAUAUAAAGAUAAGAUUGAAAAGGCAGGUGACAACAUGAAGGAAUUAACAAGUCAGCUCAAAAACAAUGAUGGUAAAAGAGAUGAAGUUCUUGCAAAGAUAGAUAAGAUAUUCUCCAAGGCAUCAAACACUGAAGUGAGUGAUCUGUGUAAUGCAUGCCUUGAUUUGUCACCUGAGACAGAUUUGGUAAAAUAUUUGAUUUCUUGGCAGCACCUGCUUACUUUGGAGGUUGUAAGUGCAUUUGCUAAAUCGAGUACAGAUAUUGUUACCAAUGAGAUUCAAUCACUGCUGGAUCUCUUAUCUUCACCCAAUGACGACAUACUGCAUUCAACAUUGAAUAUCUUACAUCAGCUGAUAUCAAAGAAGGACAGUAUCUCUUCUCUUCUGAAGAAAUUAAAAGUAAACUAUUGUGAGGGUCUGAAGAAACUUGUUGUUAGUUUGAAUGAAAAACCAACACCGUCACAUAUCAACCUUCUACUGAAGCUUUCUCAACACGACCUGGCAAGUGCAACCUCGUGGCUGUGUAGAUGGUUAGGAGGAGCUUUUGAAGCAGACGAUGCUUGGCAGAGACUUCUUGGAACUGGUGAAGGAAAGAAUUUGUUGGCAUAUGCAGCGUCUGCUCACCCUCCUCUUGCACUUGAAAUUUUGAGCAUUUCAGGCUUGUGUUGUGAACUUUUCUCAUUCCCAGAAUCAACAUUGCUCCUUAUAUCCAUAUUUUCAGUAAAUCCUCUUCCCCAUGCUGUUAAUACACUUAUCGAUAUCCGCCAAGCUGUCAGAUCAGAAAUGCUCGCUGUUCUCGAUACUUUAGAUUUGGAUCAGUACUGCCGUGAAGAGAUACUAGUACUCUUCUCCUUAUGUGGUAUACCUUUUGUAGAGCGAACAAAAGGAACCAUUUCACAAAUCAGAGCUGUGAAGACGUUUCCAGACUCUAUAAAGCACAUUUCAGGACUUCAAUCUCCUCUUCAUGGUGCUGUGAUCUGGCUCACAUUCCAGAAUGGUGAUCCUGACACUGUGAUAGACAUAUGGACAUGGGUGUUAGGCUCUAUAUCUGCUACAAAUGUUCUCCAGAAUCACUUCUUGGACAUCAUUCAAACUAUCACUACCACAUUCAGGCAGAAUCCUCUGUCGGACUAUGCAGUACAAGUUGUAGAAUGUGCUCCCCAGAUUGUAAAGAAUUCUCUGCCAUCAUGUGACAAAACAUUGUUUGUCGAGCUAAUUCGGCUGAUGCUCUGUGUAACGGCAAGUGUGGAGGAGAAAGUGUGUGGUCUUGAUGUCAUGAUAACUCUGGUCGACACUGCAGUUACACUAAAGAUGAAAGUUAAAGAAACAGCUCCUAUUCUCCAAAUGUUGAUGUUGAGUUUAGAAUCAGAUGCUGAUUCCGGUGAAGUUUUAGCGUGGUUGCAAGGUCAUGUAAACUUUUUAAAGGCCUCUCUGAAGAGUCCUGAUACUGCUGACGUAUGCAUGUCCUUGCUUGUGUACCUCUGUCACUUCAAACCAAAUGAGGUUCUAGAUCUUCUGCUCAAAGCUUACUCAGUUCCUGACCUCAGUAAGUAUUGUGAGUCUGCUAACGAUACUGUUUUACAGCAGUUUUCAACCCUGGUUUGCUGUAUCGGCCGAAAAUCUUCAAAGAUUGUCAUGCUAUCACCAUUGUCAGAAGUUCUAUCCAAAAAAGCUUCGUCUCAUGAUAUCAUCAGUGCUGCAGUUAGAACACUAGGCAGCUGAUUUUUUCGAUUUUCGGAUUAUCUAGUUAUAGACGUCAGAAUAGAUAGAAGAUGUUACAUUAAUCAUUCUUUUCCAGAAUUCCUUAGCCUGCUAUAAGAUUUUAUUUGAAGAUAAAGCAUGAGGCGUCAAUUUGAUUGUUCAGAUUGAUUUGAGUUUUAAUAUAAUUCAUUUUUAACGUACAGAAGUUUAUGUAAAUAUGUAAUAAAUCAUUAUCUAUCUAGUAAAUUAUAUUAUGUAAGUUAAGCCACAUCACUAUAUUGUAUACAUGUAUACAUGAACAUUUAAGAUUGUAUUGUAAUUUAUAUUUAUAAAGUUUAUAAAAAUUAUCCUAAAAAAU